AUGUCUAUCAGGCAUCUGGGGAAACUGGUCGUCAUACUCUCUUGUUUCGUGGCGCAUGGGUUCGCCGGCUCAGUGUACAGCGUCGCCUCAUCAAGCAAGUACUAUACCGUCAAAGGUACCAAAUCAGUGGGCUCACCACCCACUAUCACUUCUUCGAAGAUCUACACUUGGCCGCUGUGGCAGACUUGUUCAACGACUCCCACUUCCACGAGCACGGUGCCGGGCAGCACCAUCACAGUCACGAUCUCAGCAACCACGACAGUCUUCACGACGCUGGCGCAGUCGACUUCGAUCGCCACUUCGACUGCAGUCGUGUCAACGAGUACCACAAUAUUCGCUCCUACCUCGACGUCAACAUCAACCGCUUUGACGUCCAGUACGUCGACCGUCUCUGGCGCCACCAUCACCAUUAGCACGAGCGCUGGCUUCGUCCCUAUUCAAAGCUCCCUCCCAACCGCGCCCGCUUCCGGUACCAAACGCCGUCGUCGAGGCCGCGUUGCGAAGGAUGAUGUCGUGGCGAAACGACAGCCUGCAACAACUGCAACCACAAUAAAUUCGGCACAAUACGUCCAAAGCUAUGUGCGCUAUAACUGGUUCUACACUUAUACUAUUGCCACUACUACUGUCACGGCACAUACGACUCCGGUGGUUACCAAAACGGCAGCAGCAUCGACUGCGAAGGUCACGAAGACGGUAACCAUAAUUAGCAGCGUACUACCGGCCCCUGCCAAGUCCACCACCACAACAACCAUCACACAGGUCGGUACUGUCGUCUCCACGCCAGUAACAACAACCACAACAACAAGCACACAAGUCGAGAUCAUCAACCUCCCCGCGUCAACCUACUACGCCGCCUGCGCCCCAAACAACAUCCUGAAUCAUACUUCCGAUGGGCUCCAGUUCUACAAUUUUGAAGGAACGACAGCGGCCGAGUACCCGACAACUGAUACCGACGCCUACAACUGUUGCGUGUCGUGCAUCAACAUUGGGAACUGCGAUUUCGCUUUCUUCGAAUUCACGGACCAGGGCUACUGUCAGAACUACGUCGACCUUGCCGAUACGUGCGCGGUCGCUUCGGUGCCGCUCACCGCUGACGCGCUUCCGCCGGAGGAUGUGGCUGCGUCGUUGUAUUUCAGCAACGAAGAGUUCAUACGUAAGCCCAACAACUUCACGCCGGUGUUGGAGGAGGAGAACGCGCAGAUGUCAGAGCUCGGCGGUGGGCGCGCAAAUAAUGGCGGAGCACGUGCAGCUGGACCGGUCCCAGUCGCUUCAUCCGGCACGCCAUCUGGUCUCCGUACGCCCAGAGAUGUCAUGAGAGCCCGUAACGCGCGUGAGCAGCAGAAGCAGGAGGAGCUGAAGGCGGAGGAGGCACGCAGAGCAGAGGAGCGGAGACGCAGCGCCGAGCGUAGGGCUGCUACACUCACCGGCGGUGCGCCUAGGCUCAGUCAGGCAAGCUCGGCAUAUACACGAGACUCCGGAGAGCCGCAAGGGGCAUACGAUGGUGGUGCUGACAGGACGAUGCGGUAUGGCAGUAGAGUAUCCGGGGUGGAUCAGCUUGGUGAGCCGGUGGGUAGGACCCAAGAGUAUCCGAGCAGUAGGACAAGAGGCUCCACUGGCUCUCAGCAGGAACAGCCUCGGCCAGCAGCACCAGCAGCGACAAGUGGUACUCGUCGGACACAACAAAGUCAACCGACGCCGCGACAGCCAAGCGGCCAGACUGCGGCGGGCGCUGCCAGCUCACAAAGCGUACCACAGCCGGCAGAGAGUGGACAGCGCGGCACAAGCUCUUCAUUCCCGCACGCCUUUGAGCGGUGGGAGCAGCUAUCGUCGCACUGGGAAGGCCUGACAUCCUAUUGGCUGCACAAACUCGAGGGCAAUGCGGAAGAGAUUCGAAACACUGUCCCGAAUGCAUCAACACUGAGCCGGCAAAUCACCGACCUGUCUGCCGCUGGUGCGAACCUCUUCCAUGCUGUCGUGGAGCUACAGCGUCUCAGAGCGAGCAGUGAGCGCAAGUUUCAACGAUGGUUCUUCGAAACCCGAGCAGACAAGGAGAAGCAAGAGGAGAUCCAAGGUGGGCUGGAUCGACAGCUCAAGCUUGAGCGUAGUGCGCGAGAUGAGGCUGUGCAGAAGAGACUCGAGGCCGAAGCUGCCGCUACCAAGGCAAGCACAGAACUCGCGGAGAUGAGGCGUGAGCUUAACAUAUCAAAGGAAGAGGCUCGUCGUGCAUGGGAAGAACUCGGCAGACGCAAUCAAGAAUCACUUGACACUGCGGAGGCGUUGAAGAACGGUAGAAUCGCUGUCGUCUCCGGAGUGCAGGUGGUACCCUACUACCGCGAGCCGAGUAGGACUGGCAGUGCGAGUCAAAGACCGGGUACUAGAGAGGGCGUGCCACAGUAUGGUGGCAGUGCUGCUGGCGCUUCGAGUGCCGGUGCGGGUGCGGCAGGUCUGGCGAGUCUAGGAGACGAUGACGAGCAGUAUGGCGAAUAUGGCCGGCCGUCACCAACAAACACGGAUCCGUUCACCGAGCACCAACGUCAGCCGUUGCAUCAUGAGCCCGACGUGGCAUCGCUCGCUACGGGUACGUAUAGGCCUUAUCCUGCGGGGACCGACGCUGGCAUGGCGCAAAAGGCUGCCGCUGCUGCAGCUCAGCGAUAUGCUCCUCCUUCGACCGGCUCACACGGGGAUGGACGUUCUCAACCUGCAUCUACCGCUGCACAGCCAAGCCAACAAUUCUACCAGCACGCACCGCAAGAGACAUUCCUGCACUCCGCACCAAGCUCCUCCGCUGGCGGCACAGUCCCAGCGGGACACAGCGCGCCAACUCGCCGCGAAGAUCUCCGCUCAGAACCUAGCUACGUCGACACGCUCAGCGAAGGCGAUACCGAAUACGUCAUCGAACCUACGGGACAAUUCCGACACGAUGAUCGCGGUCGUCCGAUCGUCUUCCAGCAGCGACCCGCAGCCAGGGGCGGAGAGGAAGAAGCCGACGAGCCUUACGACGAUGACGUUGUUCGCUCGGAAGCUGAAUACGGUCCGCGUUAUGGCGGUGGCGGCGGCUCAUCGGCUCCCCCGGAGGCUCCGAGCGUGCCUGCGUCGGGCGCGCAGGGUAUGGCGGCGCCCGGCGGCUAUCCUGCGACGAGUGCCGGUGUUGCGGGAGGUUCUGCGGUUUCCGGAGCUCAUGCAGGACCGGACUAUGAAGGGUCCGGGUAUGGCGGCUGGGAGCAGGUGCAGACGACCCGGCAUCAUCAUCCCACGCGGCUGAGCGAUGUGUUGGAAGAGGAAGAGGAGAGGAGUAGUCGGCGGACGGGGGAGUUUUCGGAGAGGUGA